CCCAUUUGGAAAUUGAAUCCCCAAAAAGGCCAGCUGACUUUCCUCAAAUCUCCAGAUGAAGCUCAUCUUCUCCGAUGGAAAGCCGGCCAAUUGAUCGCCCUCACCGCAUCCACUAGACCAGCUGAAAUCUUCAACGCAUCCAACUUCGGAGUGAAAUCACUUAUACAUCAAAAUCUCUCACUGUCGCCAUAAUUCAACACCUAGGAAGACCUCUUCACCUUGAUGAGUGAAAAUCUUAGCUGAGAUAGAGCUGCAAGAUGAAGACGACCUCACACAAAUUACUCUAUGGAAAGAUUCGUUUAGACGUCCAUUUCAGCUCAUCAUCAAUUUUAGAGCAUCUUCCUCCGUAUCUCAUCGAGAUGAGCUCCGACGAAGCUAAUACCGCCAUAUAUGAUUUUAGAUCUAGAGAGAAAUGGCGAGGACAUAUUUGGGAGAAUCCAAAUCUAAGACAUCUGAUCCUACCAUUGUGGUCAUAUCUCAUGAUAGAGAUGUGUUAGAGGAGGCUUUCGGGGUAGGAAAUGAGAAGCAACCAUAUCCAUGGACAAAUAUGAAACAGAUCAGAGCCUCUCGCACCUUUAGAGGCUCCUGAAAAGCGGAAGUGGAGACGUAGGCACCAUUCUAGGAAAAUGUUGCACCCGUUCCAACUUCGCUAGAUAUGUUAAAUCAUAUGAUAACUUUGCUGGGUAGUUUGAAAGAGACUGGGGCGACACUUACAAUUCCCACAAGGCAGUAUCCAGGAGUUAAGCAUGUGGUUAUGGCUCUACAGAUGGACAAGAUUUUUUUAAAAAGGUGUUUUUUAGACCGAUGAUUGGAUCAACAAUGAUUGGAGAUGAGCAUGAUCUAUUUUGGAGGUUCACUAAAAUGAAGCGAGUUUAUCAUUGAUUGUCAUGAGAAGCUUCAUAAGAUGGGAGAGGAAGAGAUAUGGGAUGGAGCUUGUCACCUUUUAGCUAGUGGAUGGGGUGGUUACACAGCAGAUAGAGAUGGUAUCCAUCCUAUUCGAGAUGAUGGUCAGGCCAGCAAUACUUAGCUCAGUUGAGGCAAUUCGUAGGCAGGAGGUCAGACUCACUUCUCUAUUUUUUUCGGGCACACAUGAGGAAGAAGUGUCUGAUGUAGUGACCACAGACUUUUCAAUGGAGAAUCUACCAGAGUCACCAUUUUCUGAAUCAAUAUUGGGAUCAUCGUCACCAUCGCCAUCACAGAAAAAUCCUAAUGACUUGGGUGCUCUCACUCCAAAUCAGUUGGUGCUAUUGAUCCAUGAUGCUAGUCUUCGUGAAGAGGUCAUGCAUCACCUCUACGAGAAGAAAGAUUCAUGCAAAAAUCUAGCUCUGCUGCUGUGGAACAACUUCAAUACAGUUUACAUGCUUUUGCUGGAAGUCACAUCAGUGUAUAGCAAGUUUUCACCCUCAAUGCUAUCUAUGAAGGAAGCAACUCAAGUUUGUUGUGCUCUUGCUUUGUUUCAGGUUUUGGCUAAUAACCCAGAAACAAGAAGGGGCCUCAUAAAAGCUAAAAUACCAUGUUAUUUCUAUCCAUUUCUCAAGCCUUUUGGAGAUGAUGAGCAUUUGGAGCAUGUGAGGAUCACUACCUUGGGUGUUCUCGGUGACCUGACAAAGUUUGAUGAUCCAAAUGGAUCACAUGCCCUUCAUUUCUUCUUGGAAUCGGAAGUGGUUCCUUUGUGCCUGAAGUGCAUGGAUGUAUGUGAUGAAAUGUCACGGAAGGUUGCAACUCUCAUAGUUAUGAAUAUUCUGACGCAAGAGAGGGGACUGACCUAUUGUUGUGCUACGCGUGAACGCUUCUUCGCGAUAGUACAGGUCUUGAGACGAGUGGUUGAGAAACUUUCUCCAAAACCUUGUUUGCUGCAUCUAGAAUAUGUGAUACAGUGUUAUGUAUGUCUGUCAAAAAUAUUUAGGUCCAUCGGGCCAUGUGAUGCAUUCAUAAGACAAAUUCCUCCUCAGCUAUUUGACAACACCUUUAGGCGCACUCUUCUUCAUGACCACGAAGCUUCGUGGAUGUUGCAGGUGCUACAUCUCAAUAUUUAUGGAUGUCUAUAUUUUCCGCCAAUUGAAGAGAGAAAAAAGAUUGCAAAGAAGGCUGCAUCAAGUUCUGCAUCAAGUUCAAAGGGCAAGGGAAAGGGAAAGAAGUGAACUUGUUCUGUAGGAAAAGACAGCAAAUAAUGACCUCAGUAGAGGGAAUAAUAUUUUAAGUUAACUGUUCAACUGUGAAAAGCUCGAGAACUUCUUGAGCCUCGUUAAGACUGAUACUUUUGCUUUGUUGUGUACUGAAUGGUAGCUUUGUUCAGCUGAAAUGAAGUUAUCUUAUUAGCAGUUUCCUGUAUUGCAACUUUGUCAAUGUC